AUGCGAGCAUUCUUAAGGGCGGUGAAUGAAAGAGUUUGGAUGGCCAUAGAAGAUGGUUGGACAUGCCCAACGAUGAUGGAUAACGGUGUCACCAAACCAAAACCAACGAGCUUGUGGACUCCAGAUGAGAUGGAGACGACCAAUUUUAAUUCGAAGGCCAUGGAUGCUUUGUUCAAUGCAGUGUCCACUAAUCAAUUGAAGGUCAUUGCAAACUGUGAGAUGGCCAAAGAGGUUUGGGAAAAACUACGAAUUAAAAAUGAAGGAACGAAUGCUGUAAAGAAAUCCCGUCUACGUGCUUUGGCAAAAGCGUUUGAAGAUUUAUCAAUGGAGGAAGAAGAAACGGUGGCUGAGUUUCAUGCUAAAUUGUGUGACAUAUCAAAUGAAUCUUAUGCUUUGGCAAAGACUUAUUCAAAUGCAAAGCUGGUUCGUAAAGUCCUUGGAGUUCUACCUAGGAGAUUUAUGUCUAAAGUAACCUCCAUUGAAGAAAUGAGAAACGUGGAGGAACUAGAUCUUGAUGAACUGAUUGGAUCCUUGCAGAAUUAUGAAAUGUCAUUAACAAGGUGGAAGAAAGAAAAAAAGAAGAAGGAUGUAAACAAAGAAAAAGGGGACAACAAUAUUCCGUUCAUUCACAAAGAAGAAAAGAAGUCUAUCCUAGAUUUGUCAGCUGGUUCCUUAGAUGAAGCUGUAGAUUUGCUGACCAAGAACUAUGAAAAAUUCUUGAAAAAGAAGUACAAGAAACUGUGUUCUGAAGGUAAGGAAAAUGCUUCCAAAAGAAAUCCUCUUGGGAACUUCUGGCAUGGUCAACAACCCAGUGACAAUAAGAGCAUGGGCAUUCAGUGUAGAGAAUGUGAUGGGUUCGGACACAUUCAGGCCGAGUGUGCCAACACUCUCAAAAAGAAGAAAGCUCUUGUUGCCACCUGGAGUGAUAGUGACGAAGAAAAAGACUCUAUUGCAAGCAAAAGAUCUAAUGAGGAUAAACAGGUAGUGGCUUUCAUGGCUCAAAGUCAUCAGUCUAUUGAAUCUGAGGAUGAUGGAGUCUCCACUAUGUGUGAAGUCGACAGUAAUGGAAGACAAAAUGCAUAUGAAGAGAUGUUUGCUCAGUGGGAAUAUAUGACCAAGCAGAUUAGAGGUCUGAAUAGUGCCAAGGAGCAGAUAGAGUCUGAAAAAGUCAAGCUGGAGGACACUGUUAAGAAUCUCAACAAACUUCUUGAUGAGAAGGACAAUGAGAUCUACAAGCUUUCAGUUGAACUCAUAAGAGCUAAACAGGCUUUAGAGUUUAUCCCUCCAGGAACGGCUGCCAUCAAUCAAACUCUUCAACUUCAAAAACCUUAUGGUGAUCGAACCUCUAUCGGAUACAAGAUGAAGUAUAAGCAAGGAGAUAACUUGGGGGUAGAAGAGUCCAUUACACCAGUGAUCAACCUAGACAAAAAGGAUGACAAGAAAUCAUCAUUUCCCUCGACACCUCAGUCCUCAGACCCCACUGGAGAAUUCCAUGUUCCAUCUGGACCUACCAAGGUGAAGUUAGAAGGAAGAAGAAUUGCCCCGGAGAAUAUAUCUCAGAUGGAGAGAUUCAUCCCAGUGUGUCACUUCUAUAACAGGAGGGGUCAUAUUCGACCCAAAUGCUAUAAGCUGCAGAACUACUUGAAAGCUAUGAUCAAUCGACCUAAGAGUUUUCAAAAACCCAAUAAAACUCGAAAGGAAGGAUCUCAAUGUGAGUGGAGAUUGAGGGCUGAUCGUGAAUCGAAUGUUGGGUUGGUAGCUCAAGUUUCACUGUCUGCAUUUCUAGAAGGACAGUGGUACUUGGAUAGUGGUUGCUCUCGACACAUGACGGGCAACAAGAAAUUGUUAGUCAAUUACAAAGAAGCCAAGGAGGGAGCUGUCACUUUUGGUGAUGGAAAUAAGGGCCAUAUUAUUGGAAAAGGAGACUUGGUGAUGAGUAGAGUGUUGGGUUUUAUGCCCUAA